GAAGAGAGAUAUGUGGCAAAAGGGGGAAAUUGGGGACAAAAUAAGGAAUAAAAAUUAAUCGUCGGGUCUCUCAGAGGUAUCUGCCCCGCAGGCUGGAUCCCCUCUCGAAUCGAAUCGGAAGCUUUCUUUCUCCGCCGCUCCGCCGGACCGAACCAAACCAAACCCAACGCGCAGCGAAAACCCCCAAGAAACUCUCCGAUUAAUGUACGGAGGUUCCGGAAAGCUCGGCCGAGGCGGCGGCGGCGGCCGAGGGGGCGCCGCCGCCGGCAAGCGCAACAACCCUCACUCCGCCUUCCACCACCAGCCGCCGCCCCUCCACCGCCCCUCUGCCGCACCGGCCGGCCGCCUCUCGGUCGGCGGUGCCGCCGCCGCCCCGCGCAACCGCGGCGCCAUGACUUCACGCCCCGGCACAUCGGCCCCUUCCGGUGUGGAGGAGACCUUUAGUUUAGUCACCGGGAAUCCUCUCAACUUCGCCAUGAUUAUACGUCUGGCGCCGGACCUUGUCGACGAGAUCAAGCGAGUCGAGGCCCAGGGCGGUACGGCGCGGAUAAAAUUCGAUUCCAACGCUAACAAUCCUUCUGGAAACGUUAUUGAUGUGGGUGGUAAGGACUUUAGGUUCACAUGGUCACAUGAAAUUCGAGACCUUUGUGACAUAUAUGAAGAACGUCAAAGUGGCGAAGAUGGAAAUGGGUUACUUGUUGAAUCUGGGUGUGCCUGGCGCAAAAUGAAUGUACAGCGUAUCCUGGACGAAUCUACUAAAAACCAUGUUAAAAAGCGGUCAGAAGAAGCUGAACGCCAGCAAAAGUCACGAAAAGCCAUUAUUUUAGAGCACGGGAAUCCAACAAAGAGUCAAAUAAAGGCAUUAGCUGCUGCAGAAGCUAACCCGUGGAGGAAGCCUUUCAUGAAAAAGGAACCUGAAUUCAAAAAGAGGAAAGUUGAAACACAUACAGUUACCAUUGGAGGUCCUCCUAAAGCUGCUUUUAAAUCUGGUUUGCCUGCCACAACUCCUGCAAAGGGUAGGCCAUCAGUUUCUCCUCUACCUUCACCGCCUGAGCAUUCUGGUGCUCCAGCAUCUCCAUUGGGAACUGGAAAUCAUACCAAAGGUCACACUGGUAUAGAAGAGGUUAUGCCCAUUCAGGUGAACACCAAAGAGAACAGUACCCGCUCUGAGAAAGAAAUGCCCAAUAGGGCCACUAGUGGAGCAGCAAGGGUAAAGCCAGGGAGUAGGGGGAACUUAGGGGCUAAACCAACAGAUUUGCAGAGCAUGCUGAUUUCGCUCCUCAAGGAGAACCCCAAGGGUAUGAGUGUUAAGGCAUUGGAGAAAGCCAUUGGUGAUAAAAUACCGAACUCUGUGAAGAAAAUUGAGCCCAUAAUAAAAAAAAUCGCAACUUUCCAAGCCCCAGGAAGAUAUUUUUUGAAACAAGGAGUGGAGUUGGAACACCUCAAGAAACCUUUGUCAGAAAGUGGAAGUUCUCCUGAAUAUGAUCGUCAUCGAACACCUGCCCCUGAAAACAAACAGGAUGAUGCUUCUGCUGCCACACGGAACUUUGAAGAGAAAGUCCCUACCAAGGAAUUUGAUAGGCAGGCAGGGUUGAACCCUAAACUUGGAGAACAGAAGUCCCCAGAAAAAGUUGAUACUCAAAAUCAUUCUCCUGAUAUUUUUGGUGACAAAAAGGUUUCUGACAAUAGUGAAGGCCCAGCAGGUAGCUCUAAUGACAGUGGAAGUGACAGUGAUAGUGAAAGUGAUAGCAGUGAUAGCGGAAGUGACAGUGGAAGCCAUAGUAGAAGCAGAAGCAAAAGUAGGAGCCCAGCGGGAAGCGGGAGUGCAAGUAGCAGUGAUAGCGAAACAGAUGCCUCUUCUAAUAGCAAACAAGGCCCUGAUGAGGAUGUGGACAUUAUGACAAGUGAUGAUGACAAGGAAUUGAAGCCAAAAUCUGAACCAGGGGUUUCAGUAUCACCAAUUCCUUGGAGGACAUCUGACAGUGUGCCUGUACAAAAUGGAAUUGAUGAGAAGCAAGAUGCAAAUAGUUCUGAUGUGGUUGAGAUUGAGAAAGACUCGCCUGAUGAUGUUCAACAAACUGAAACAGCUGUCAAUUUGAUUUCUAAUAGAGAAGGUGAGAAACCUUUAAGAGACAUUAGACCUUUUUCACCUGGUAACCAAGAAUGCCCAGAGAAUCAAGUUUACACAGGAAUUUUGUUUGGUGAAAGUGAAAGUACUGCUAAGGAUGGGUUUAAGCAUGAGCAGACUGGUAGUUCCGAGAGGUUGUCUAGAGGAAAAUCUAAAAGGAGCUCUGAUUCGAUGCGCCAUGUUGAGAAACUUGACCAUGCAAAAAGAUUGAAAUCUGGAAGCUUGCCUCAACCAAAAGCCUUCCGGGGUAGAGAUUCCUUCUUCUCAGAGUCUCCUCAGAGACUAUCUCCUGAUAGGGUCAUUGAAGACCCUUACAAGGGUAAUUCCACUCAAAUGAUGAAUAAAACAUCUAGGGAUGGAAAUGCUGAUUCUGAUAUACAGAAGGGCUACAACCAAGGAAGCUUUGGCAAAUCUAGUUUGGAUUCUCAAAAUUCAGGAAGAAGGCCUGUUGACGUCAUUGCACGGGUGAGGGUUCCUGAAUCAGCAGAAAGACAUGGAAUACAUGCUGAAAAUUUGGGAUAUGGACAUGGCGUUACUGAAAGGAAUCGUCAUUUCAAUGAUGGUUUACCAAUCCAGAAAGAUAACAUUUGUAGUGAAAUUCAAGAUGAGAAUUGUUAUACUAAAGAGAAAAACAUGCCAAGAAAUUCCAAGGAAGGUGCUUUUGCAGACACACACUCAAUGUACCUUGACUCUACUUUUUAUGGGAAACAUGGGGAACCCCCAGGGGGGAAGCUUAAGGAGGCUGGAGAAGUUUCAAAUUCUCGCAUGGGGUAUUCACUAAAGGACAAUGAAAGAAUUGAUGUGGAAAGAUCUUCCAUCUUAAAUGGGAGAAGCAAAAUACUUCAGAGAGAGCUUUCAGACUUGGAGUUGGGUGAACUUCGUGAGCCUUUGCUGGAGGAAACUCCUGGGUUUAAGAAAGAAUUUGAAAGAAAAAGUUCAUUUAAACAAUCUGAGAACAGAACAAGCUCUUCAGAUUACUGGAACUUAGAUACAAGUAAGGGGAAACUUACUGGAAAAACAUCUGUUGACUCGAGAAAGCUGUCCCCGCCUCAUUCUAGGGUAGGGGUCCCCAACAACCUGGAGGGUUUAUCUAAAAAGACUCCUGAACAUCAUACUGAAGAUAUAAAUAGACUGCAGCACCAUAGGGUUGGGAAAUCUCAGUCACAAGCCCUACAGCACCUAUCAAGAGUAGAUCGUGAACUUGAUGCAUAUAAAUUAGCAGAUAUGAGUGGUAAGCCUAGACAAAAUGAAGCUAGAGUAAGCCAGGCGACUGGUAUAGAAGGCUAUGGAGAUACUAAUAGGAAAGCAUCUUCCAGUGCACCGCAACAGUAUGAUACCAAGCGAGGACCAAUUUCUCAUCCUAUGAAAGAAAGUCGAACACAGAAAUCAAAUAUGUUGGCGGAAUUAAGUGAUACAAGGAAGGAUACUUCUUUAACUGAGAGUAAUGAAGGGAAUGUAAAGAGGAGGGAAUCUUCUUCCGAUGAGAAUAGUUGCUCAUAUUCUAAGUAUGAAAAGGAGGAGCCUGAGCUUAAGGGACCAAUAAAGGACAUCAAUCAGUAUAAUGAGUAUGUGCAGGAGUUUUGUGAGAAGUAUGAUAGCUACUGCUCAUUGAACAAGAUCCUAGAGGGCUACAGGAUUGAAUUUGAAAAACUGGGAAAGGACCUUGCAAUUGCUAGAGAGAGGGAUAUGGGAAAAUAUUACAACAUUGUGAACCAAUUGAAGGAAUCAUAUCGUCAGUGUGGAACGAGACAUAAGAGGCUGAAGAGAAUAUUUGUUGUGCUUCAUGAAGAAUUAAAGCACAUGAAGGAGAUGAUGAAAGACUUUGCCACCUUGUAUUCAAGUGAUUGACACCUCAUUGUGACAUACUCUUUCCGGGCCUAAUUUGCUUCUCGGGACUUCUGGGAUUCUAUAUAUGUCGAGGUGGGUUCCAAUGAUUGCACAACAGGUUUCAAUGUGGUGAUCGAUCCGUAAAUAUACGACGAAUGGCUGCAGUAAGACAGUGUUAUAAGAAGCUUUAAAAAUUCGAAGGAGCCCAAUGUCGGUCGAGUCUUGUCUCAAUGAGAUGAAGUUGGAACCACCCGGUUGAAUAGAGAGAAAGUGUUGGUGCCACAGCCUCCCAUAGGGUUUUUUCGGGCGCAACGAUGGCAUCAAAGCAUUGUGAGUUGUGAAUGAAGUAUUCAUCUCCUCGAACGGGUUUACAUACAGGAAACUUACCGUAAGGUCCUAUUGCUGUGAAAUUUCGUCGCGGUCAUCUGUUUGUUUGGCCGGAAAAACAGGAAGGAAGCCAUCCCCCCGGCCCCAAAGUUUUGUGAUGUUAUGUUUUUUAUACUGAGCAAAGGUUACAAGAUAAGAUCCUUCUUCACAGGUUGAUGUAAUAAUGUCAAGCAUUUUGUUAUUAGGGAUACCCAACAAGAGCGAGCCGGCUGGCUUCCCUUGGACAAUGAUCCAAUUAGGUUUUGACUUUGUACCCUUAUUUGUAAAAUGCUGCCUGUCCUUGCUCUGCAAAUUAAUUAAUAAUGUUCUUGCUAUUAGGCAGAAAGCCAGUGAUUCUGCUUUUAA